AAUUCUGUGAGUGCAACCUUAUUUCCUUACUCUUUUGGUGAUAUUAGUGAUUAAAAAGUGUACAAAAUGACUUCUAAUGGGCAUCCUCCGGGCGCCAGGGUUGUAUCCAUUUUUGAUUAUCCGGAGCAUUUGAAUCCUUUCUAUGAGGAUGAUAAUCAUAAUAAAAUACGAUUUUGGACGCUCGGAAAAAAGAAAGCUCGAUCUAAUAGCUUUAGUUUAUCCGGAAUCCGUAACGCAAUGACACUCAGAUCAUUUCGCGGCAAGAAAGGAAUGAAGGUGUCAAGCCAAGAAGCACAGCAGUCAGAGGAGCCAAUUUUCAGGUCAAAACCAGGGGGUAAUCUGUCACGUAGCACACAGUCUGUGCCAUGCGCCGCAGAAGAUGCUGUGGAUCCACGCUACGUGUACGGGGGCUCCGUAACACCUACGCCACUGCCGCGUUUCCAGCAUUACAAUGGCGCACAACCCCCGAGAGCAGAAGAAAACAGAAGUUCGAGGUUAAGUGUUAACAGUUCUUGCGAACAAACAUCCGGAAAGCCACCAAGACCCUACAGAAAGAAACGACGUGCACCACCGCCUCCGAUAUUUACAAAUAUGCCGGACAUCAGCCUUGAUGAUGAGUCUUUGAAAACGGAACUGAAAAUUAUUGAAGACCCAAAAGAUGAUAUUAAACCUACCGAAAUCGUGGUGACUCCAGCUACGCCUGAACCACCCAAUAAUUUAGAAAUAAAGAAUGAAACUGAAAAUCCAGAUAAAAGUCUAGAUGCUGAAUUAAAAAUCGACGAAGAAAAUAGUAAUGCGGAUCAAAAGUCCAAAGAACGAGAAGCAAUAGAUGUAUCAAAUAGUGAACACAUUAGUGGUGAAGAUUCAUCCAAACUAGAGGCUGUAAAUGAGGUAAAUAGUAUAACAUUGCAGAUAUCAGAGGUGUCUAAAACUGCAGUAGAAAAUGAUAUAGAGCAAAAAAAUGAAUCUAGUACACCGAGUUCACCUGAUAAGGUUUCAAGGGAUAUUGAGCCAGUUGAAACAGUAGAUGUGAUAGUUAUUUCUAGUGUAAAAGAAAAUGAUUUAGAUGUGUCAACUGCAUCUAAAGAAGAAGUCAAGUGUUUGGGCAAUAAACAAGCCAUAUCGCCACCUACUCCGAAAACUCGUACCAUCAUACCAGCCGAAAGCGCAAAACCAAAUUUGGUAUCAGAUAUAGGAGUUGAUAAUAAUUGCCAAUCAAUUAUUAACAGCGAUGCUGUUAACAGCAACGAAGUUGUGGAAGAACCUAUUGUGAAUGGAGAAACUGUGAACAAUGCUAAAGCAAUAGAAGAAUUAGAUAAAUGCACCAAGGAAAUUAACGAAAUACUUCGUGAGUUAGACGAUACGCCGGCAACAAAUUUGGAAGUUCAGAAUGACGACACUAACAACAAUCAAAUGCCCGCUUGGUCCUCAUUUUACAGAAGCGUAACGACUGUCUCUGAUGGAAAACAUCGUGCAGAGAUCAAUAAUGUCCAAUUGAAUUCUAGUCCUGAGAAUAGUCUUGAAAUUGAUCUAAAUGCAAGCACCUUAAAGAACUAAAGAAAUAGACUUCACUUUAAUUUAAAGUUUUCUAACAAUCCUAUUAUUAUCUUAUAGUAUAUAUGUUACAGAAACAUCAAUUUUAUAUAUUUUAUUGAAUAAUUUAUUUGCUUAUUUAUGAAUAUUGUGAAUGAUAAUUGAACACAAUUAGUUUUUAUGAAUCCUAUAAAUUAUAUUCGUAACUAAUACAGUUGUUGAAAUAUAAUUGCAAUUGUCUUACAAUAUAUUCA